AUGGACUGCAAGGCUCGGGUGCAUCUUUUCCUCUUUAAAAUUUGCAAGGCGGAACAAGAGAUCCAGAACAUCCUGGAGGAAAUCCCAAACAGCUGCCCGCGCAAAAAGACCCGAAACAAAGACCAGGACGGUGAGCAUUUGGAGGGCCAGACUUCCGUCGAGGAAGAGGAAGAGCUCCUGGAGGAAGUGGCAGAGGAUCCAUCAGUAGAUGACGAUGCCAAGCAGGAUUCCGAUGAGCCAAAGCCGGAUGAGCAAAAUCCGGAUGAGCCAAACACGGUGAGCCAGGAUGCAUUGGAUGCAGUGCUGAAGCGUUUGCAGGAGCCAGAGUUUGAGCUGCCGGACUGUGACCUCGACGCGCCCUCGCUCGGUGAGGGUUUGCUGUUGCAGGAGCCAGAGCUUGAGCUGCCGGACUGUGACCUCGACGCGCCCUCGCUCGGUGAGGGUUUGCUGGAGCGGUGCGCUGCCUUGUUGCGUGGCAAGAUGCCAGGCGCGCUCUUGGCAGACAGUAUGGGACUGGGCAGGACGGUUCAAGCCCUGUCGUCGUUGGCCAUCCCAGGUGCCUGGAUGGGACAAGGCGAUGUGGACGGAGGGGGGCUUGCUGGUGGGUGCUUGGCUGGGAGGAGGUGGCUGGAUGAAGAGAGGCAGGAUGGAGAGUUGGACAGACAUGGCGGGGACGACUGGGGGCUGGAGCGUGCCUGGAAGGAGGCGCCGGAUGGUGGAGUGAGUGGAAGCUUGGGGCUGGAUGGAGUUGGCAUGUAUGGCCACAUCCACAUCAUCCUCAAAGACUUGGUGCUGGAAGCCUUUGGUCAGAGCGUCUGGAGCGCGAUCCUGCUUAGGGCCGGCCUCGAAGAGGAUGUGGUUUUGAACACGGUCCAGCAUCCUGAUGAGGUCAGUUACCGGCUCGUGGCUGCCACCUGCGCAGAGACGGAGCUCUCGGCUGAAGAUGCCCUCGAGGCGUUUGGACGCCAUUUUGUGGGCUUCGCCUUGCGGACGGGGAACGCGCGAUUUCUCAAGGCCCAGGGGAGCACACUACCUGCCUUUCUUGCCAACGUGAACACCCUUCACAACCAGUUGGAGCGGGAUCAUCCCAAUGCCUUGUUUCCUUAUCUUGAGGUCAGCUACGACAGCAACAAGGACGAGGCCACUCUGCAGUACCUAUCGACGCGCGCCGGACUGUCUGCAGUUGUCGUGGGCGUGGUCAAGGAGGUGGGACUGCGCCUCUUUGGCUUACAGGUGGCCAUGAAGGAGCAGCCCUGCGCACGGUGCUUCCGAAAGGACGCGGAGGACAAGCGGGCAACAGCGUGGCACGUCAGCUGGGUCAAGGUGGCCGUUCCCCAGGACAAGAAGGAGCAGCCAAAGCCGCGGAUGUCCUUCGCUGCCCUUCACUGGGCCAUGAUCGACUUCGGAAAGCUAAUCUCCAACUUCGACCUCCUCUCGGCCACCUGCACUUCGGAGAUGGGUUGCGCUGCAGCGGAGGCGAAUGAGACGCUGCACUUUGACCCGGCCAUGGCUUCAGAAGCAGAUCGGAAAUUGGAUCAAGUCCGGUCCGUUCCAGAGGCGCCGCAGGAUGUCCUCUUGCGUGGUACUCCAGCCCGACAUGUGGCGGCCGCCUGGUGUGAUUCUACAUUAGCAAGGUGCAGCGAGUUUUGGAGCUCCUCCACGGGCGAUGGCCGACACUAUGCUCUCUCGCAAGAUGCAGAGGAAGUGGACGUCUUUGUGAGCCACAGUUGGUCGCCUCCAGAUGAUUGGGAAGAUCGCAUGGGGCAAGGCGUGGACUAUUCCGAGAUCAAGUCGACCACGUUGGCCGUCAUGGCCAAGGACUAUGCGCAAGAGCACCGCACUUUGGCUGACUGGGGCAACACAUCCUUCUGGAUCGACAAGGCCUGCAUCCACCAAGACAUUCCCGAGUUGAAAUCGCUAGGCAUCGGACUGCUGGAAAAGUUUCUGGAAAAGUGCGACACGAUGUGUGUGAUCUUCACCUGGACAUACCUCGAGCGCUUGUGGUGUGUGUAUGAAUGGGCUUGCGUUCUCGUAUCCAAGCCGCCUCACAAGGUCUUCCUUCAGACGGAGCUCUUCGUGAAAGAGGAGACGCUGCCCCUGUACCUGGAUGCAGUGCGUCACUUCUCGCUGAAACAGACCAAAUGCUUUGCUGAGGAGGACCGGAAAGUGCUCGAGGCCAAGAUUGAAGCGGACUAUGUGUCAACGGAAGCCUUCGAAACCUUGGUGCAGGCCACGGUGGUGGCCCUCAUGGCCCGCAGUAUGGCUUUCCGCGCCGGCCGUAGCCCACACUUGCAUAAGAAGUUCUUCCAGCCUUGGAUCACCCUUGCCAAUGAGUUGGGUUUCGUGGAGCUUGCUGGGGCCCUGGAGUGCUGCCGCUGCUCUGACUGGAGGAAGAUGACGUCCAUUAACUCGACGAGCAGUCAGAACUCCACGAUGUCCGUCCGGCGGCACGGGUCACAGAAGAGUACAUCCAGCAAGCAGUCUUCGCGUUCACAUUCGCUGUCUGGCAUGGCGCACAAGCUUCGUGGCCUGCUUUCCCCGGCAUCCACCCAGCAGAGCGCCGACGAAUCCUUCCAGAUGCUGUUCAGUCCCCGCUCCGAGGCAGCGCAUCCAUCCAAGCCAAAAGCAUUGGAGGACAGCAGCCCGAAGAAGGCGGAGAUGAUGGGCCGCAGCAUGGGAGUGAAUUCGCUGGAAUACACGCAGAUCGUGUCGGAUUGGUUUGAUCUGGAUGUGGCACCCAUCUUGGAAGAUCUUCUGAAAGCAGCCACGAAGUGA